AUGGCGUCCUCGCAGCGGCCUCAAUUCGUGUCUUUGGGCAUGUUCAUAAUCGAUGAAUUCGAGUAUCUUGACGAUGACGGCAGACCGACGGGAAGAUCUCUCGCGCCCCAGGAAAGCCAGGCAUCCUUCACCUGCUACCAGCUACCAGCGGAGAAAGUGGGCAUGAUCAUCGACCGAGGGACCGACUUCCCUCUCUGGAUACAGGAGAAGCUAGACUCGUAUGGCCCCACUAUGUGGUUGUUCAGAGAUCAUGCAGAUCGUGGUACCACCCGGGCAUUGAACUCUUACAAAGGAGAUCUACGAGGCUUCAAGUAUCUGACCUCGCGAAUCCGGAUAACUCCCCGAGACUUGGCUGGUACUCGCCUUGCACAUCCGACGGCCUUGCACUUUAUAUGCUCGCCGUCGAGAGCUGCCGUGAUCACCUCCGAAGUUCACGCAGAGCCAGGCUGGGAUCCCAUAACCAUUUACGAGCCCAUACCUGAUAGGUGUGUCCCGGAGGAAUUGCCAGCCCUCAUCGAAGUACUUCCCGCGAUAUCCAUCCUUAGCCCUAAUGCAGAAGAGGCUUUGUCCCUCCUGUCCAUGGGUCCUACUGUUACAAGAUCAGCAGUAGAGGAGGCAGCUGCUCGCUUUCUGGAAUACGGAGUAGGUGGGAAUGGUGACGGAUGGGUGAUCAUAAGGAGUGGUAGUCUGGGCGCUUACAUCACAACCCGACGCAAAGGUGGGCAGUGGAUACCUGCUUUCUGGUCUGACAACGCCGAGAAGGUGGUUGAUGUCACUGGUGCGGGGAAUGGGUUCCUAGGCGGACUUGGUGCUGGUCUCCUGCUGGGUCUUGGGGACGUCUAUGAAGCCGUAUUUUACGCAACGGUUUCAGCGUCUUUUAUCAUCGAACAAGAAGGAUUGCCACGCCUGUCAGCGGCGGAAGACGCUUCGGAACUGUGGAACGACGACUCACCACAGCGAAGGCUAGAAGAGCUACGAGCGAGGGUAGGCCAGUUGAAGUUAUAG